UACAACGCUUAGUUACAAGAAUUACAAUGUCUGGAAGAGGAAAGGGUAAACCUAAAGGAACCAAAGCAAAGAGUCGCUCUUCAAAAGCUGGGUUACAGUUCCCUGUUGGCAGAAUCCAUCGYUUUCUAAGGAAAGGCAACUAUGCGCAAAGAGUUGGGGCAGGAGCGCCCGUUUACAUGGCGGCCGUAUUGGAGUACUUGAGCGCUGAGAUUCUCGAAUUGGCUGGAAAUGCAGCAAGAGAUAACAAGAAGACAAGAAUUGUUCCCCGACACAUUCAGUUGGCCGUCAGAAACGACGAAGAAUUGAACAAGUUGCUAUCUGGAGUGACGAUAUCUCAAGGCGGCGUGUUGCCGAACAUUCAAGCCGUUCUGUUGCCAAAGAAAACUGGGCAAGGAAAAAGCAAGAAAAUGGAUUCUGUACAGAGCCAAGAAUUUUAGAGAUUUAUACUCGUCCAGUCAUUUAGAAUUCGAAGAUACGAAGCAGAUUUAUAUAUUCUUGUACAAAYGCAUUUUAUCACUUGUAUAUUAUUUUCAUUAUUAGAGUUUUGCUUAUAAGUUGUAAUAAAAUCUUUGC